AUGGAUGAAACACAAUACACAGAUAAUGCAUUGAAAAUAAUAACCAAUGCGCAACAAAUAGCAAAAGAUCAAUCAAAUACUCAAAUAUUACCAUUACAUUUUUUAGCUGCUUUUAUACCAGUUGAUGACGCUGAAGGUACUACAUUAUAUUUAAAAACUUUAAUUCAAAAAGCCAGACUCGAAUGGCCAAAUUUUGAAAGAACUGUUAAUAAGCAUUUAGUUAGAUUACCGUCACAAAAUCCUCCUCCAGAUGAACUUAGGCCAAGUUAUCAAGCUGGUCAAGUUUUAUUAAACGCAAAUAAAAUUAAACAACAACAAAAGGAUAAUUAUAUAGCUCAAGAUCAUAUUUUAUUAGCAUUAUUAGAAGAUUCUUCAAUUAAAGAUAUUUUUAAAGAAGCUGGUAUUAAUAUUGAAGGUAUUAAAAAUCAAGCUAUUGAAUUAAGAGGUAAUCAAAGAAUAGAUUCAAGACAAGCUGAUUCUUCAAGUUCUUAUGAAUUUUUAAAUAAAUAUUGUGAAGAUUUUACUGAAAAAGCAAGAGAAGGUAAAAUUGAUCCAGUUAUUGGUAGAGAAGAAGAAAUUAGAAGAGUUAUUAGAGUCUUAGCAAGAAGAUCCAAAUCAAAUUCAGUUUUAAUUGGUGAUGCUGGUGUUGGUAAAACUUCUAUAGUUGAAGGUGUUGCUCAAAGAAUUGUUGAUGGUGAUGUUCCUAAUGUUUUAGCAAAUGCAAGAUUAUUUGCUUUAGAUUUAGGUGCUUUAACUGCUGGUGCCAAAUAUAAAGGUGAAUUUGAAGAAAGAAUCAAAGGUGUUUUAAAUGAAAUUUCAAAAUCAAAAGAAUUUAUAAUUUUAUUUAUUGAUGAAAUUCAUAUGCUAAUGGGUGAUGGUAAAUCGGAUGCUGCAAAUUUAUUAAAACCAAUGUUAGCAAGAGGUGAAUUACAUUGCAUUGGUGCUACUACAUUUGCUGAAUAUAGAAAAUUUAUUGCAAAAGAUGGUGCUUUUGAAAGAAGAUUUCAAAAAAUUGAUGUUCCAGCAGCUACAGUAAAUGAAACAAUUGCAAUUUUAAGAGGUUUACAACCAAGAUAUGAAAUUCAUCAUGGAGUUAGAAUUUUAGAUUCUGCAUUAGUAAUGGCUGCUCAAUUAGCAAGUAGAUAUUUAACUUAUAGAGCAUUACCAGAUUCAGCCGUUGAUUUAGUUGAUGAAAGUGCUGCAGCAGUUGCAGUUGCAAGAGAUUCAAAACCUGAAGAAUUGGAUAAUUUAGAAAGACAAUUACAUUUAGUUGAAGUUGAAAUUAAUGCUUUGGAAAGAGAUAAAGAAGCUGAUUCAGCAUCAAAAGAUAGAUUAGAAUUGGCUAAAAAGAAACAAUCUGAAUUAGAAGAACAAAUUGGUCCAUUAAGAGAAAGAUUUAAUCAAGAACGUGCUGGUCAUGAUUUAUUAAUUAAUGCAAAAAGAAAAUUGGAUGAAUUAGAAAUUAAAGCUCAAGAUGCAGAAAGAAGACAUGAUACUGCAACUGCAGCAGAUUUAAGAUAUUUUGCAAUUCCUGAUGUUGAAAAACAAAUUGAAGAAUUAGAAGUUAGAGUUGCUGAAGAAGAAGCUUCAAAUAUGGAAUCAUUAUUAAAAAAUGCUGUUGGUCCUGAACAAAUUUGUGAAACUGCUGCUAGAUUAACUGGUAUACCAGUUACAAAAUUAUCACAAGCUGAAAAUGAUAAAUUAAUUAAUAUGGAAAAUAUUUUAUCAAGUGAAGUUGUUGGUCAAUCAGAAGCUGUUAAAGCAGUUAGUAAUGCAAUUAGACUAAGAAGAUCUGGUUUAGCAAAUCCAAAUCAACCACCAUCAUUUUUAUUCCUUGGUUUAUCAGGAUCUGGUAAAACUGAAUUGGCUAAAAAAUUAGCAGGUUUCUUGUUUGCUGAUGAAAGAGCAAUGAUUAGAAUUGAUUGUUCUGAAUUGGGUGAUAAAUGGUCAGCUUCAAAGUUAUUAGGUGCAGCUCCAGGUUAUGUUGGUUAUGAAGAAGGUGGUAUAUUAACAGAACCAUUAAUUAGAAGACCUUAUUCAGUAGUUUUAUUUGAUGAAGUUGAAAAGGCAGCACCAGAAGUUUUAACUGUUUUAUUACAAAUACUAGAUGAUGGUAGAGUUACUUCAUCACAAGGUAAAGUUGUAAAUUGUUCAAAUGCAAUUUUCAUAAUGACAUCAAAUUUAGGUGCAACUUAUAUUAAUGCAUCAAAAGGAUCAAAAUUAAGUCCAGAAGUUAAAGAUCAAGUUAUGAAUGCAGUUAAAGCACAUUUCAGACCAGAAUUUUUAAAUCGUAUAUCCAAUAUUGUUGUUUUCAAUAGGUUAUCAAGAAAAGCAAUUGCUAAAAUCGUAAGAAUAAGAUUACAAGAAAUGACUCAAAGAUUUGCAGCAAAUGGUAAGAAUAUCAAAUUACAUUUAGAUGAUUCAGCAAUGGAAUAUCUUUGUAAGAAUGGUUGGUCACCAGAUUUAGGUGCAAGACCAUUGAAUAGAUUGAUACAAAAUGAAAUAUUAAAUAAAUUGGCUGUAAUGAUAUUAAAAGGUCAAAUUAAAGAUAAAGAAACUGCUAAAGUUGUAUUAGGUGAAAAAGGUUUAGAAGUAUUACCAAAUCAUGAAGUGGAAGAUGAAACAAUGAAUGAUGUAGAUAAUUGGCAAGAUUCAGAAGAUGAAGAUGAUGAUUAUGCGUAUUUAGAUAAUGACAAACUUGAUUAA